CUAGUAUUUGGUGUUUUCUUCAGAUGGAUGAGGUACCACUGCGAUUUUUGAUAAAGGAUUUUAUUGAAUUAUAGUAUUGCGAGUCAUAGUUUCAGAUUUGGAAUAAGCAAGUCCAAUCCCAGCAUCUGAAUGUUAAGAACAACCAUCAACAAGAAUAUCCAUAUUGAAAGGAUGUCCGACGCCAUCUAAUCUAUCGAAAUUAACGAGAAUUAAUCAGCGAAGACAUUUCCUGUUUUACCAAAAUGGGAUGAAAAAAGAAAGACAAAAAAUUGUUUGGACCAUUUCAUUUUCCAUUAGUCAGAAUUCACCAAAUGAUUCCCCUCUGAUUUGAAAUAAUCGUGUGUAAGGGGUGCGUGGGGAGGCAGUAAGCUCUUAUGUUGCUAGUGAUUAUGCUCUCCAGACUUCAGGCUCCAUCGGAAGUGUCUAUACUGCCGACAGGCUUGGGCAACCACUACACCUCCAGCAGUCGGCACCUCAUACCACCAGGAAGAAGGAGAUUUCCCUAUAACCAUUCAGUCAGCAGCAGUUCGGAUUGUUACGUAGGUGAUCCCAACGCCCCGGAAGCCAACAUGAGUUUUCGUGAACACCAGGAGUACUUUGGACCGGACGUGUUAGUGAUUAUCGGGCUUGUCUUGGCAUGUCUUGGCGCCAUUUUAACCCUCAUUAGUUUUUAUUGCCAGUUCAAACAUCCAGCCAUCCAAGCAACUAUGGCAGGAAUAGGACCAUCUUUGGUAGGAAUAGGCAUGCUUUUUUGCAUAUUAAGACUGUUCUUCUGUACGUUUUGUAUCAGUAAGACAUGUUGCGAAUGCAUUGCAGAUGGACUCAAAUUCAUGGCAAUCCGUUGCCCUUGCUGUAAAUAUUUCAAAAAACCCAAAAAGAAGGUUCAUCCGCUACAAGUUAAAGAUAUUCACAUCGCCAAAGCUACUGCCAAUGGACAAAUGGUCGCCAAGGCAUUGAACAGUGUUAGUCAGGAUACACGAAAGCAAGGUUCCAGCAAUGGCCUGAAGAGUAAGAUUAUCAACAACAAUAUAACGCAUCUGGUCCCAUUGGAUGUGAAACAACCGGCAUUAGAGAUGGCAACACUUUCUUCCAGAAUGGAGCCUAUCAACGAAUCAGAAGAAAGAAGAACUCAAAGUUCUGCAAAUCAUAGUGAAAAUAACAGCAUAACCGAAGUGAGGGUUGAUUCUGACUGCAGCAUAGGCGAAACUUCGAAACCAGAAGAUGAAGAAGUUUUGAGAGAUGAAAUUGAGUUGUUGGAGGAGAUGAAAUCUGAGGCUUCAGGAUCGCCGAAGAGUCUUCAUCGAAAUAUUAAUGAACUUGUAUUACAAACGCAGCCACGUUAUUAACCAUUAAAUUCAUGCAUUAUUCAUAUUUUGCCAAACAAAUUUUAGAUGUAAUCACUGAUUGUUGAUAUAUUCAUUCGAUAUGAACAGCAAAAGUUGCAAAAUCAAAGUAAUCUUGCGCAACUAGCUUGUUAAUUACGUGAUGUUUUUAGGUAUACAAAAAGAAAUUUUCCUGCAUUUAAAGUUUAUUUGAAGUUUACAAGCCCAAUAAGUCUACUUUUUCGUAAAAUAUUAUUUUUCAAUUUUCUUCAUAUAAGACCCAUUCACAAAGUAAAAACAGAAUAUAAGUUGGUUAAGAAUUCUUUGUUGAAAUCCUUGCAUAGGGAAAAUUUUUUUGGCACGAGUACAAAAUUUCUAUCUUGCGAGUCUUAAGAAAGGAGCUGAGGGAGAAUAAAAUGUAAAAAACAGUAGGGAAACAUCUAAUGUCACUUACUUUAGAGUUUAACAUUAAUUUAUAUCAUGUGCAUUAAUUUGACUAACGUUUGAUAUUUUUGACAUCCUGACUGACAGCCAUUGACAAUUUGUUAUGCAUCCUGAAAGUGACCGGCCAUAAUUAGGUUUAAAUCGGAGAUCCUUUGCCCACAUCUCCUGCAAUUUAUUAUUGAUUUAUUUGUAUCUUUUGAUUUUUCUUGUUCUGGAAUCCAUACCUAUUUGUCAUUUUUAGGAUGAUUAAUGGUUCUUUUUCAGUAUUUUAGGUAAUAUUUUAAUUCUAACCAUAAUAUACUCCAAGUAAAAAAAAUGUUGUGAGAAUGAUUAUGUUUCCAUGUCUAGAUUUUGGAUGUAAAUUCUUUUUCUAUUUAACUUUGAUAUGGAA